AUGCCAGACAGAGAGGCACGUACCUACCAAGAAAUCGCAUUGAAGCCCGAGGUCGUGCAACGGGGUAUUGACCUGGUGGCACCUUUGGCUCGGAUCCUAUUGCGGCGUGCCAAGACCGUCAAAGGGUUUCAUGGUCGCACCACGGAUGCCGAGUGGGAUUCCUUUGAGAAGGAAUUCAACAUUACCAUUCCAGGGGACUAUAAGCUCUUGACCAACACUGUUGGAUCUACCGGUCUGUGGUUCAAUGGGUUUUGCAAGUUGACAACCCCCAAAGCGAUGGGCGAGAAAAUCAAGGAAUUGCAAGAGAGGUACCCAGAUUUCCAGUUGGAUGAGAUGAAGGAUGCGUAUGUCGACGUGGGAAUAUGGCCGGGACAACCUGCGUUUCAUCUGGAGUGGGGACGUGACGUUGGAGGGACUGCCAUGUCACAUUUUUGGUGCUGUGCCAAAUCCAAAGAUGGUAGUGUUUGGCCAGUGGUGCAAAUGCAGCUGGAGGCACCCCUCGAGCAUAAUGGAGGAAUUCACCCUUGUACCGCCACAGAAGCUCUGUACAGGGAUGUUGUUGACAAGAAUGGCAUGGCAGAGUAUGAAGUCGAUUCUGACGAGGAGGAGGAAGGCGAAAAAGACGAGGACGAAAACAACUUGAAGUACCCAUUUGAAGGUCUUAUGAUUAAGAAGCGUAAUGUUUAUUGGUUUGAUCGCAAUCUGGAAGGAGGAAAAGUGAACGUCGAAGCGAGCGAUCUUGGUGACAUUGGCGAGGUGGAUUCGGAGCAGGACAAGAAAGACAUGGCAAUGUUGGAUGAUGUUUCUGAUUUUAAAAUCAUCGAAGAUGUGACGGAGAAGUGCACAAUCAUGGCACCUUUGACUGUGGAGCCAACCAAGAAGAAGCGGAAGAAAAAAAAUUAA